AUGAUUCCGCACCGAAGCACUGGUCUCUUGGCCAUUAUUGUUUUUGUUGGCCUCCUUCUCUAUAUCUUUUCAUCUUCCCCCAUUCCCGAUGUCGUCGUCGAAGGAGAAGAACCCGCUUCAGGGCCCGCCAAGUAUAUCACUCUACCUCAACCGAAACUUCCGUCCUUGAGCGAUCUCCAUCUGCCGUCCUUCCGCGCCCCUUCACACGAACCUCCCCCUGAAGAGAGCAACAGCACCAGCGGCGAGUCCAAAUGGUUUAGCAAUUGGGAAUGGUUGAACCCAUUCUCCUCUGCAAUCACUCUUGACGAAGAUCGUUCGGUUCUGCCUCCCCUGCGCGACCGUCGCCCGAUUUACACCUACUACAACCCCAAAUACAACCCUAAAAAACAUUCGAGCAAGGAGCUAAAGGAGGAUCAAAAUGCCGAUGCGGAGCUGCUUCUCUCAUGGCGACGAGCUUGGUUUGCCCAGGGGUUCCGACCUAUUGUCCUCACCCCCGGAGACGCAAUGAAGAACCCGCAUUAUGAAAUAGUGCAGAAGCUCACUCUCUCCGCUGAAUUGGAGAAUGAAGUCUUCCGUUGGCUCGCAUGGGGUCAUAUGGGAGCUGGAUUGCUUGCUGAUUUCGAGUGUUUCCCGAUGGGUCGAUACGACGAUGGUCUUCUGCAUGCUUUACGAUAUGGCACCGAGCCAGAAUUCAUCAUUCGGUUUGAUAACUUCCAAGGUGGUCUGUAUUCAGCAGAGAAAACCCGCAUCGAGGAAGCAAUCGAUGGUGCUGUGAAGAAGCUGGAUGACAAGUCUACUUCUUUUGCAGAGCUCGUAAACCCAGAGUUAUUCAAAGUUAUGCAACCAAGCAGUCUAGCUUACUACAAGCACUCUACCAUCGGAUCUCACUACGCGACACUUCAAGAGAAGAUGAGCCACAGCCCAUCCAACGGCCGAAUGCUUUUAGCUCAAUUGAUCAACUCUCACCUUCACAACACCUUCCAAAACUCCUUCCCAGCUGGUCUGGCGGUGCUGAAGCCUUUCCCCAAACAGACAACCGCUCUUGUGGAGCCCGCACUGCGGCUGGCCAAGGCACUCACUCAGUGCCCCGACUCUCCAGUCCCCGAUUCUUGCCCUCCCAACCUUCCCGACUGCCGUCCAUGUGGCUCCUCGAAACAGCCCAUGCUCAUCAGUCAACCGUCGACCUAUAAAAAGACCAAUCUUCUAUUCACUAUCGGCACCCUCCCACACCCAUAUACCCUUAUCAGUCUACAAAAGAGCUCCGAUGAGGUUACCACCCGUCAAAUUCGACGAGAGACCGAGCGAGAUGCUUGGCUGACCGAUGUGACUAAAGAUGAUCUUGGCACGGAGAUGGGCAGCUCGUACCGAGGUAUGGCAUUCAAGCAGGUUGUUGCUGGCGAUCAGGCUAUUGCAACUUCUCUUUGGAUGACCGUUGAGUCUCUCCCCGCCGAGGCUGGCCAGUCUCUUCCAGCUGAACUCUUGGACGAGUUUGAGUGGCAAUUUGGAUUCAAGAUUCCUCGUGCGGGUACCAUUGAUCCCAACGCGCCUGGCGACAAAGAAAGUGUGCAGAGCAAGACCCCUAGCGAGCAGGGUGUCGGGCGCGAGUACGAACUUAUCCAGAAAGCCCGAGCUGUUAUCAACAGUGAAGAACCCGAUGCUGUUAGCAAGAGGGACGUGGCCGAAGCUUGGAAUUUGGCUGAUACGGAGGUUUGGCGAUUCGUGAAAGCCUACCGAGCCCGGUUUUUUGUUGAGCGAAAAAGAUGGGAAGAGGAAGAGAGAGAUUUCGCAGGCUCUAAGCCCUAA